AAUAAUUGCGUCUCUCUCACUGUGAACCCUAGCCUUCUUCCCCUUUCGCACAGCCAUGGCCGACCCUCACCCUAUCUACCUCGAUCUCGCCGAUUCAUCUCUACUCGACGACAACGACGAGGCCUCAGAAGAACCAUCCGUCAUCGGCGAGAUCCAAAUUGAAGACUCCGAAGACGAUUACCAAGAAGAAGAACAAGAACAACUUCCCCACCCACAAAUCGAGCCCAAUUACGCGAUCUAUCUCUCCACAAUUGGCCCCCCUGACGAGCCCAUCCAACCCGACUCGGAUUACGAACGGCAUCCCGCGAGCGGCAAGCGGAGAAAGAUCGGAUCUCGGGAGACGGCGGCGUUUGAGACCGGAGAGAGCUCGCAGGGCAGUCAGUGGAAAUCGAAUGAGAUUGAUGGAUUGUUUUGCCCGAUUUGUAUGGAGGCUUGGACUAGUGAUGGCGAUCACUGCACCUGCUGUCUUCCUUGUGGACACAUCUUCGGAAUGUCGUGCAUCAAAAAAUGGCUGGGCAAGUGUCACAAGCAGAAGUGUCCUCAAUGCAAUGCCAGAUGCAAGUUGAAAGACAUUAGGAAGCUUUUCGCGCCGCAGGUCAUUUCUGUUGAUGAAGAAUCACAAAAGAGGAUUCAUUUGCUUGAGGCUAAAUGUGCUUCUCAUGAGAAGGAGCAAGCAGAAUGGCAUAAGAGGGAAGCUAAACUGCUCAAGGAACAGGGUGUACUAGAACGAAAAAUUCAACAGCUUAUGGAGAGCAAAGCAUCAGGAUAUGCUAUUGGGGGAUUUGAAAAGAGAUUUGUAUCUGACAAUAACAUAUUAGCUGGAAGGUCUAAUGGGCAACCAUUUGGCUCUAACCUCCGUGGACAAGCAUAUACGUGCAGCUUCAAAUUAGAGAAGGAGUUGCGUGUAGCUGGUGCUCGUGUGUUUGACGUCGACACUUCUAAACAAAUUUUGUUAAUUUCGCGAAGGCAUGCUGGGAUAGGUGGAAAAGAUGUUCUUACCAAAAUGAGCCUGAUACCUCCAUAUGACAGAGAUGAUAUUCUUCUUCCUAGCUCUAUAAAUUCUAUCAGGGACCUACGUAUUUCUCCCUCUAACAGCAACCUUGCACUCUGUGCUUGCCUAGGAAAGAAAUUGGCAGUUUUCAGUACGGAGAACAACAACGUCAUUGUCUCCUAUGACCUACCGGCUGCUGCUUGGACAUGCUCAUGGGAUCUCAACGAUUCAAAUUAUAUAUAUGCUGGAUUACAGAAUGGCUAUCUUAUGGUAUUUGACAUGCGGCAAACCUCAGGGCCUGUUGAAUACCUGAAAGGGCUGACAAGCAACCCAAUUCAUACCGUGCAUUCCCUUUCAUAUAAUUCAGCUCUUCCCCCUUGUGUUAGAACAGUGAUGUCCGCAUCGUCAAUUGGCUUAUGUCUGUGGAACUUUGGUGGUGCUGAAAAGGGGCCAAUUUUAGUCCCUGAAACAGAAAACCAAGGAGUUUGUAUAUCUCUUGCCUAUUGCCCUAGAACAGACGACAUUGUUGCUUCCUAUCGCCCCAAAGUUGAAUUUUCUGAUGAGACAGCUUUUACGCAACCAAUGUUUACUCCUACACGUGCCAUCGGACAAGGAACAGUUGGUUCCCAUGUUCUUUUAAAGAGAGCAAGCAGCAGCGGUCAUUUUCUAAAGUUGGGGUCUUCAGUCGCCAAUGUAUGUGAUAUUGGCCUGCCAAAAUCCGCAAUUAUCAACAUAGAAAGUCGCGGCAGAUUGUUUGCAUAUGAAGAUAAACUAACUUCUGAACUAGUUUUAAAAGAGCUGUCAUCUUCUACCACUGUUCAGCGCCUCAACUUACAGCAAGGUCCUGUUCACGAUGUUAAGUACGCAUCUUCUUCAAGGAAAGGUCUCCUCGGUUGUUUAAAUGGCGACACGCUACAACUCUUUUGUACCAAGCUUCCAUGAAAUGAGUUACCUUCAGUUAUGUGUUUGAAUAGCCUGUAGUUGUAUUAUAUUAGGUACUCGGUGAUAUUGUCAUCAUAGCGAUUAGCGAAUGCUAAUCUAGUGCGGUGGUCUUCUCUGUACGUAGUUUAUGGACAUCAUUGGUAAUGAAAUGAAAA